UGAUGGUGAACUGUCAAAGUGAAAAGAAGAAAAAAUGGCUGCUUUGUGUGUUUCAAUUUAAGUGGCAUGAAAAAUUACCAAUUUCUCAACUACGGUUUUAAGUUAUUUUUUACGAAAAAUUCGAACAAUCAUAGUUGCACGAAUAUUGUGCAAAAAUAAUAAGUAAGCAUAUAAAUAUGCAAUAAACAAUUUUUGGGUAAUAACUAGCUGUGUGCAGGUGAAAAAAUUACAAUGGAAGGCACCGAGCUGUGUCAAGAAGAAGACCGAUUGGUAUCUGCUUCGCCACAGCAAUCGAGUGAAAAUGUAGUCUACACGACGUCAGCACAAUCGAAUGCUUGUGUCCUAAGUUCCCCAACAAAUAGUCCAACCGAAGUAGCAGCAGCUGCUGCCUCUAACCAAAAGCUCGUCGACGAUGGUUAUCAGCAACACCAACAACAGAUACAACAGUCAACAAACGAUAACAGUAACAACACACAUCCAAUCGCAAGCGGAGUUGGGUGCGCCAAUACCAGCAGCAAUAACGCACAAAUCCAACAACGUCAUUCCACAAAUUCGACAAACGAAUAUACAUCAACACCGAAAUCCUCGCGCACAAGUGGCGGUACAACCAUAGGUGGCGCGAAUUCACCCAUAAACCUUGCCGGCAGUCAGUCGAACCAUGAAGAGAACACACCGACACAGCACUUCAAUAUCGAUUGUAGUGCCAUAAAUGAGUCACAGCAUAUCAGUAACGCAGAUGGUGUCUAUUUAGCAGAUAAUACGAAUAACAUUGCGUUCAGUAAUAGUAAUAAUGCUAGUAGUAGCGUUACAAAUAAUAAUUGCAAUAAUAAUACGAAUACAAAUACGAAUAGCAGUAGUAAUACGGGUGGGAAUGAUAUCAACGCGGUCGGUCGUGCACAACCGCAAUCAGCUGCAAUAGUAACUUCGACACCUUCCACAGCAACAGCAGCAGAAGGAGCAGCAGUAGGAGCAGCAGGAGGGGCAACGUCAGCUGUGUCAACAGCAAACACGUCAUUCGCAAAUACGGUGACAAUUGUUAUACCACCACGUCAAGCAUUGCUUCCCUGGGGCACACAUUCGCGCUCGUCCAUUAUCAACGUCUUACCCUUCACACAAGGUCUCGAUAUGCCGUUAACGCAGGGUGGCAAUGAGGCCAACGCCACACCGCCGCGUCCUGGAGAAAUUGUUAUGCGCAAUUUGUUUAGCGAUUUCACCGUGCAGGCAGAGAAGAAGAUCGAAUUGGUUAUGCUGGAGAGCGCCGAUAAGCAUUUGUCGAAGCUACUGCAACGUGGUGAGGAUCAACAGUUCGAUCAAUUGCUCUCAGCGCUUGGUUCAGUUGCCGAGCAUUGCUUGCCAUCGUUAUUACAUACACUGCUCGCUUGGCAUCGCCGUCAAUUGUCCGAUGGCGAGAUAAAAAAUGAUCUCAAACGCAUUGAAAGAUAUGCACCGCCGAAACUCGCCACCGAUUUGGAAUUUCAGUUGCAACGCCGCGAAGCAGCUGUGGAGUUUAUAUUCUGUUUGGCACUCAUUGAAAUACUCAAACAGCUGCCCUUCCAUCCGGGUCAUGAGGAUCUUAUACGGAAUAUUGAGAAUUUGGCUUUUAAACACUUCAAGCACAAGGAAGGCCAACAAAACAAUCCGAAUGCGCAUAAUAUUCACAUAAUUGCCGAUUUAUACGCUGAGGUGAUAGGUGUUUUGGCACAGAGUCGCUUCUCUUCGGUGCGUAAACGUUUCAUGAGCGAAUUGAAGGAAUUGCGCGCCAAGGAGGCUUCGAAUACGACAACGCAGUGCAUUAUUAGCCUGCUGAUGGGUAUGAAAUUUUUCCGUGUCAAGAUGGUCCCAAUUGAGGAAUUCGAGGCUUCCUUUCAAUUUAUGCACGAAUGUGGUCAGUAUUUUCUAGAAGUUAAAGAUAAGGACAUUAAGCAUGCGCUGGCGGGUUUAUUUGUGGAGAUUCUAGUACCAGUAGCUGCGGCUGUGAAAAAUGAGGUCAAUGUUCCUUGUGUUAAAAAUUUCGUUGAGCUUUUGUAUGUACAAACGCUGGAUGCUUCAACAAAAUCGAAACACCGCUUAGCAUUAUUUCCGUUAGUAACUUGCCUGCUAUGUGUGUCGCAAAAAACCUUCUUCCUUUCAAAUUGGCAUUACUUCUUGGCCAUGUGUUUGAGUAAUUUAAAAAAUCGCGAUGCCAAAAUGAGUCGUGUAGCGCUGGAAUCUCUCUAUCGCCUCUUAUGGGUCUACAUGAUACGUAUAAAAUGUGAAUCGAACUCAGCGACACAUUCGCGUCUACAAAGCAUCGUGAACUCACUAUUUCCAAAGGGUUCCAAAGGUGUCGUGCCACGUGAUACGCCGUUGAAUAUUUUUGUAAAAAUUAUACAAUUCAUUGCUCAAGAGCGCUUAGAUUUUGCAAUGCGUGAGAUUGUUUAUGAUCUACUUUGUGUGGGACGCUCAAUUAAGUUAAUUUUGAAUCCGGAACGCAUGAGCAUUGGCUUGCGCGCUUUUCUUGUUGUUGCCGAUUCCCUGCAGCAAAAAGACGGUGAACCACCUAUGCCACGCACCGUGCCCGUCUUGCCGUCCGGCAAUACGUUGCGUGUGAAGAAAACCUACAUUAAUAAAAUGCUGACUGACGAUACGGCGCGUAGUAUUGGCAUGUCUACAUAUUUUCCACAUGUCCGUCGCGUUUUUGUCGAUAUCCUACGUGCACUGGACGUACAUUACGGUCGUCCGUUGAUGAUGACCAAUACGCAGAAUCAAAAUAAAGAACCAGAUGAAAUGCUUUCGGGUGAACGUAAACCACGCAUUGAUCUCUUUCGUACAUGUGUCGCCGCUGUGCCGCGUCUCAUACCGGAAACGAUGACCGCCCAAGAGCUUGUGGACUUGCUCUCACGACUCACCGUCCAUAUGGAUGAGGAGUUGCGCAUAUUGACACAUCAAUCGUUGCAAACGUUGGUUAUAGAUUUUCCGGAUUGGCGUCAGGAUGUCGUGCACGGUUACACACAGUUUCUGGUGCGCGAUGUCACCGACACUUAUCCGCAAUUAUUGGAGAAUUGCACAAGAAUGCUAUUUGUAUUCCUCAAUAUUUGGCGUUGUGCAAUAAAUGUCAAUGGUAAUGGAAAUUCUAACAACAAUGCGUUGAAGACCUCUAUGACAGCUGUUGGUGUUGGAGGUGGAAAUGCAACAACGGGGGUUGUAACGGGCGUUGGCGUUGCCGGUGCCGGUGGCGUAACAGUACCGGGCGGUUUAGUUAGUGUGGGUGCUGGCAAAGACACCGCUACCAGUCAACUUUCAAGCGCUAGUAAUGUGAAGAGCGUAAAUACGAAUUCAAGUGGCGCUUCGAGUAUCACCUCAAGUGGUAUGUCUAGUAUUACACAAACAACUGUUAUAAAUAUUGGCGAUGCGGCUAAGAAGAAUGAGAUACCUCUGGUGACAACAUUGCAUUUUGUUGAGGGCUUUGCUUUGGUCUUACUAUGCCAUUAUCGACCAUUUUUAAGAAAGUUGGCAGCUAUGAUUCUCAAAGAAGUUAAAAAUCUAAUGAAGGCGCUUGGUAUACCAGAGACUGAGCCACCCGUUAUCGACGUAAUUGACAAGUGUUGUCCACAGGUCUUAGAAAAAUGUCUACCACACUUACCGCCCUCGGAGAAGACUGCAAUACUCAAUGCAAAUGCUAUUGAUUUGCAAUGGAUUACGGAACGUACAAGCGGUGUGUGGAUGGCUGGUCUAAUACUAGAUGUUUCCUUAGAUACCUCCAAAUCAUCUACAUCGACGCUCAAUCUAUCACAAGGCAGCACGACACAUCAACAGCAACCCUUCGAUCCCUGGUCUAUGGUACUAUUUGGUUUCUUGGAACGUAAUCGCAUACUACAACAGUGCCCCUCUGCUGUGGCGCAAGCUUGGCCCAUUUGUUAUUCGCGUGUGACAACACUUUAUAGUGUCAUAGAUCCGACCCCAGUCAGCGAUAAUCGUGCUUCCCUGCUGCGUAGCUCAGCGCCAACAAAGAAAGUGCCCACCGAAAGUCAAAAAGAUCUCUAUUUAAAAUUAUGGCGCAAUCAAGUGGCUUGUGCCAUGCGUCUGGUGCCACAAAUACCCAGUGUUGCGGUACGUUGUGCGUCACCGGAUUUGAGUUUGAGUCUACAAGAUCAAUCGGACUCACGUUCACUAUCCGAUUCUUUGGAUAAUAUACCAUCAAAUGUGUUUGGACCCGAAGGAAUUGUUACACGCUUUACGCUGCCGCUAUCAUAUGGCCGUAAGGAGGCACGACAAAAACGACUUGGCUCAUCGCCCGACUCUUUGAAUGCUGAUCGCAGUGAUAAAUCCGUUAUGGGUUCGGCAUCGCCGCAAGCGCUUUAUAAGUUGGUUGUGCCGUUGUUACGCUGUGAGGUGGUAGAUGUGCGUGAUGCGGCUGUAAAUGCACUUGGCAUGAUAAAUCAUGACGCCCUGAAGGAUUUAAUGGAAGAGCUAGUCGUCUACAUACGCGAAGCAGUCGACAGGAAACAGGAGAAUAUGCGUCGGCGACGUCGGCGUGAUGCAUUACGCUUACAGCUUGUACGUGUGUUGGAGAAAAUCGCAGAAAAUGGCACUUUUGGUGUGAGCACUUGUGUCCUGGAGCGCGAUACCAUGUCCCUACAUCCAACGUUUGUCGAAUACAUUGAAGGCGCCAUACAAUAUCUACUAGCCGAAACGGAUAAGGAUAAUACUAGUAUACGCGAAGUGAAAGCACAUUUUUGCAAUUUCAUAAGGAAAAUGAUUAAGAAUUUCUCACUUGAGUCAUGCGGUACUCUACUCACCCGCGAGCUCAAGAGAAAUCUUUUCAAUUUAUUUGCAACUUGGUGUGGCUCAUUUUCAAAACCAUUGGGAUUCACCUCACAAAUUGGACAGACACCAGAUGAAGAGAAGCUGCAAUUUAGUGCAUUACAGGCUCUAUCUGCUCUUCUUUGUUGCGGACACAUAUUUCAUCCACCAUAUCUCUCCGAUUAUGGCAUUAUUUACGAAUGGCUCGAUAUGUUGCUGACAUCUAAAGAUGAAAAGAUCUAUCUAUUGGCCCGCGACACAGUUGUUCUAUUGCUUGAAUCGAAUCCGGAUAGUGGAGUAUUAUUAGAAUGGGUAAUUGAUCGUUGUUAUACGUCGACACCGCGUGAAGCAGAUGCUUGCUUUUUGGCUUUGGCGUCAAUCUUUAGUGCAAGAGAAUAUCCUUGUGAUCAUUACACAUCUGUUAUUACUGUCACCCUUCUAAUGACCGGCUGUCCACGUGUUGAAGUGCAUUCCACCGCAUUACAGUUAUUACAAAUUUUGGAUAAACGUUUCUUUGGCAGCGUUGCUUCGCUACACAGUGAUAAUGAGAAAGAAGAUGACAAACAAGUCGGCACUUUGGACACUCUGCUCAGCAGCGCUUACUGUCGUUCGCAGCGCUUUCUGUCCAAACAAUUGGCACAGCUGCGCCCUGAAUUGACUAUGUCAAUGUUCUCUGAAAUAACCCAUCGCUUUCAGACGGCACGUGAGGAUGUGCGUGCAUUGCUGAUACAAUGUCUAUUGCCAUGGCUACAUAAUAUGGAGUUGGUGGCCACAAGUGUACCACCGGCAACACCAUUAUCGUACAUUAUGUAUUUUCCUGAUUCUGGUACGCGAGGACGAAGAGAAGGCACAGGUUCGACAGAGGCAACCGAAAUGAUUUUAAAUAAUCUCUUUUAUAUCACAGUGAAGUUCUCUGAUACACAUCCGCGUGACAUUGAAGAGCUUUGGGGCACACUCUGCCAAUUCUGGCCAAACAAUCUGAAGGUCAUCCUACGGUACUUGGUUAUAAUGAGCGGCAUGGCGCCCAAUGAACUUUUGCCCUACGCGAAACGAGUUGCACUAUAUCUCGCCCGCACCUGUCCCGACCGUCUACUCGACGAAUUGAUGGUGGAACUGCAAACUGUGGAAACACUUAAUUGUUUAAUUGAACGCACGGAGACGCCGCCAUUUUAUCGUUUAACAAGCAUGAGGAAAGCUUCCAGUCAUUCUGCCGAUGGCCAAGCUGUUGGUGGCAUCAAUGACUCGCGUAUUCAAGACUUAAUUGUUGAAAAGGGUACAAUACAUACAAAACGUCAUAGCGGUGAGGAUCCUAUAAAGACAGGAACGUGUAAAUCUGAUAGCGGCAUACGCGCCUUCACACAAACCACCAAUAAUCGACCACCUCGCGGUGCUGAUAAAAUACGUGCUGCCUCUGGGCCAUCGAUAUUACCACGGCCGGAAGACAUACUAAUUAAUGAUGCUGAGUUACGGCAAGAGGAGAACGUCGAGUUGCGCUCAGCAGACGCACCACUAGCGCCACAUCCACUGCCUAUGCCCGAGUAUGGUGGUUACUUUGCGCCACUCACUGAAUUCCUGCCAGAUGUCAGCCUACCAAUCAGCGGCUUUCAUCGUUGCAACGUUGCCGUGAUGCUGUUAACGGACAUUGUUGUCGACGGUAUUCCGGGUAUUGAUUGGACUUUGCAUUUACCUUUGAUGUUGCACAUUUUAUUUUUGGGUCUAGAUCAUACGCGCGUAAUUGUGCGGGAGCAUUGCAAGCAGCUUUGCAUUAAUUUACUGAUCGUUUUGGCCGAGCAUAAUGACCAUCUGACAGUCGCUCGUAUUUUAUUAAACAGCGAAACCACAAAACUUGACUUGGGGCUAUCGGUGCCGCAAUUACCGGUGAUUGACAAUGUGUUUACAGAAUCCAAUCAAGAAUUCGACAGCUAUUUGUACAACGUGAACUCCUGCAGCUUGCCGCACUCAAAUUCAAGUGUCAUGCAUGCGAUGAACGUCAAUGCUGUGACAGCAACUUUAACGGCUGUGAAUUUGCAAAAUGUUCAAGCAACGUAUUUCAACGCUAACCAACAACAACAACAGCAGCAGCAGCAGCAGCAACAACAGCAACAAAUAGUGCAACAACAACAGCAGCAUACCAAUAUGCAACAGCCACCGCCAUUACCACCACCGACAACACAAUCGCCCCAACUGCAGCAGCAGCAGCAGCAACAACAACAACUACAACAGCAAUCGCAGCCGCAGUCGCAGCAACAGCAUCAGCAGCAACAGCAAAAUCAGCAAUCAACUCAACAGCAACAUCAUCAAGUUGUCUUGAAUGUCGGCAACAUACAAAUAAACCCCAACACUUCGGAGAACUCUGAAGUGCCGCUGAUAAUAACCGAUGAGAAUGCACCACCGCAACCCGGGCCCACCAUGCUAAUCUCGCAUGUAAUCAAAAGUUUACUAAAGUUUCUUGCACAAGACACCUGCCAGCCGUUGUGGAAUUACGAGGAUAUCACGGCUAAAGUGUGGAUGGUUAAGUCAGCCGAACAGCUUAGUUGCUUCCUCAAACACAUGGUGAAAGUAUUUGCCGAUAGCUAUACGCAGGCACGCAUUGCUGAACGCUGGGCACAAACCGCACUACAAUUGGGCUUAUCUUGCUCCUCACGUCACUAUGCCGGCCGCUGUUUGCAGAUAUUUCGUGCACUCAACGUGCCCAUCAACUCGCGUAUGCUCUCCGAUAUAUUGUCGCGUUUGGUGGAGACUGUCGCGGAGCAGGGUGAAGAUAUGCAGGGCUAUGUAACAGAGUUGCUGCUAACUCUGGAGGCGGCUGUAGACAGCUUAGAUUCUGAUUUCCGACCGCUUGAUGUUAUGAAAGACAUCUUCAAGAGCACACCGAAUUUGAAUAACAAAGAUGGUGGGCCAAAUUCCAUACUACCAGGCAAGAAAUCACCCUCGGGUGGUAUUGUGCCGCAAUCGCCUAACUUCUCAGUGCAAAGCCAUGCACGCAGCACCAGCUAUUCGGUCACCUACUGUGCUCGUAAGAGCACCAAUUCGCCAUGCGAUAAGCAAGUUGAACUACGCAAUCGUGCAUCUGGCAUGUCCGGUAUGUCUGUGAUGUCUGAAAUGGAGAGAAAUGCCGCCAAGUUUGGCGGUUCGGCUUUGUCGCGUUCGCGUAGCGCUCAAAGUUUGAAAAUGUUGGGUGACAGCGCCACACAGGAUGAUAAAAUGACUAUAUUGGCUCAACUUUUCUGGUUGUCUGUCUCGCUAUUGGAGAGUGAUUAUGAGCAUGAAUUUCUUUUGGCUGUACGUUUAUUGACACGUGUGUUGCAUCGCCUGCCACUUGAUCGUCCGGAUGCACGAGAUAAAGUUGAAAAGUUACAACAACAACUUAAGUGGGCAUCAUAUCCGGGUGUGCAUGCUCUACUAUUGAAGGGCUGCACACACACAUCCACAUAUGAGCCAACAAUAACGCUACUCUCACAAUUCGCACCGAUGCUCAACUUGCCCGUAUGUGAUCCAACACAAAGCUGUGCAUUCCCAAUGAAUGUCAUCUCUCUGCUGCCCUACAUGUUGUUGCACUAUGAAGAUGCAAAUGAGAUUUGCAUCAGAAGCGCAGAGAAUAUAGCACAGGUUUCAUCCGAACUUGGCGCCAAAUUGGAGAAUCUCGGUACGGUAAUGACACUCUACAGUCGUAAGACCUUCUGCAAGGAAUCAUUUCAAUGGACGAAAUGUGUUGUGAAAUAUCUACAUGAUACAUAUGCACAUAUGGGCCUACACAUGUUGGCUUUCCUCAUCGAGGUACUAGAGAAGGGACCACAACAGAUCCAAGUGCCCGUUUUGAAUGUGAUACAUUGCAUGCUGCACUACGUUGAUCUCUCCGCGCCACAAGCGCAAACUAUUAAUAGUGAUUUACUACGCGCUAUCGGAAAAUAUUUGGAUACCGUCAAUUGGAAGGAUGCGCUGAAGAUAUUGAAAUUGAUUGUAACACGCAGCUCCUCACUGCAAGUGGUGCCGCCAAGUGAAGGUUGUAGUGCCGGUUUAUCGUUCUCCUUCUAUGGCACAUAUCCGGAUUCGGAUAUGUUCUGUAAAAAGGAACUUGCUGGCCGCACAAUGGAGUUCACCUUCGACGUCUCACAGACACCACUCAUCGGUCGACGCAUUCUGCUUAAAACGGAUGACAAUCCCACAAUUAUUGGUGGCACAAAUUCAUCGAAUGCAUCUACGAAUACCACCGUUACGACAGCCAGCAGUGCGACUGUGCUAAAUAAUGCUGCUGGUGGCGUAGCAGGCGUUGUUGGCGCACAAUCACGAAAUGUUGGUAAUAUGAAUGCCGCUGGACAAGGCGGAGGACAGGGCAAUUUCAAUACGUCUACGGGUGCUGGUGCACACUUGCAGCAUAACAACAGCGCUGUGGGCACACCAAAUUCACCACGACGCAGCGCUAGCCUCUCGCCGGCUGACUCUGCGUCACUUAGCGGCUGGAAACGCCCCUGGAUGUCUCAGGGUCGGGUACGCGAAUGCCUGGUUAAUCUAUUGACCACUUGCGGUCAGCGUGUGGGCUUGCCAAAAUCACCAUCGGAUGAUUUCAUUAACUCUAUUUGCUCAAAGGUUAUAUUCAGCCAAUCUUCCGAUUUGAUGGAGCGCCAGUCGUCGGCUGCUUCGUCUACGGAAGAAACCUCCGGACCGCAAGGUGAUCUCAGCAGCGGUUCACGGCGUGAUGACGGUCAGCCCGACUUUACAGUUUUCAAAGAUUUCGAUUUCCUCGAGUACGAAGAUAGCAUUGCCGGUGAAUCGACAGAUAAUUUCAAUUGGGGCGUUAGACGUCAUCAACUAUUCGAGGGUGAUGAAGAACGCUUAACUUGUGGCAGUGGCAUUGGCGGCAGCGCUAGUGGCGCUGGUGGCGGUGGUGGUGGUGGUGGUGGUGGUUCCAUCAAGGGCGGUCACUCCUCUGCGCUGGAGGAUAGUUUUAGUGAGAAAACACCCAUUUUGAGUAAGAGACGUCGACAAACUGCCGACGAUUCAUCAGAUGAGGAUGGCGAAUCGGAGUCGCCCAUCGAUGAAGAUCAUCGUCAAUCGUUUAUGAAGUCCACAUACAAUGUUGGACCGCCCACAUCGUUGAGUCUACGCGAACGUCGUCGUCGUAACUCAGUUUCACGCAGCGACACGAGUGGCUCAAGCGCUGGCGAUCUUGGUGAUAUAACACCCUGCAAUGCGUCACCACAUCUGCCGGGCAUUAUACGCUUUGGUGCACCCAUACGCGAUGAGGCGGAGGAGAAUUGGCGUAAGCAACUGCAAUCGAUGUUGAUAAAUCAGCCCUCGGCGCACACCUCCGAAUUGUUGAUGCAGCUUUAUCGGCUCAUAAAAGAGUUGACUUUCAAGACGAUUAGCAUAUCGAAGGAGGCAAAGAAAUAUUUCACCGGCAUUGGCUCACAAUUGGGCAAUCGUAUAUCAUUGUUUACCGAUUUGCUCAGCUCGCGUGCUGAUCCGCCGCGUGUUUGGUGUAGUGAUGUACAGACGACCACACCGAGACUUUUUGAGACGCUGCGCUUCAAUGUGCUGGAGGUGCAAGAGCACUUGGAGACCUUCUUCGAUCGAAAAGAUCAGGUGCUGGAGUGCUUGGAUGCGGUGAAAACGUCAUGCAAAUUGUCGCUCUUCAAUGAAGCGGAUGUCGCGGCGUCGAGCAUGGAGUUGGCAACCAACACCAAUAUUGGUUACAUGACCUUCGAUCCGGCCUCCUCCGAAGUGGUACUAGACUUGGGUCGCUCGCUCUAUAAAUUAAUGUUUCAACUUUUGCUACUCAUCGAAUCGAAUCACAAAAUAUCGUCGAAUGUGGUUAACCAUUUUAGGAUUAAUGAAAAUAUGCAUGACAUAUCCGAUUUAUAUGCGCUGGUGCGUGACGCUCUGGUGCGCAGUGUUAGUGAAGCAGAGCUUGAGUGUUUCGAAGCGGCUUCCACAUCCACCGAAGGCGAACACACGCCCACACCCUCACCGGGUAUACCAAUGACCAGCGAGGAAUUCGAGACGACGCUGCAAGAGCUCAUCGAGGCACAGAAAUGGUCUGUGGCCAUAACGCAUGUACGCCAAUACAAGCGUAUCUCCCAAAUGACUGCGUCCAACCCGAACCUAACCAUCUUCAGUUACAACAAUUUGGAUAGCCGUUUGAAAUUCGAUGAAAUGUCUAUUAUAUUGAAUGCAUAUGCGCAGACUAUAAUGAAGGAUCGUACGGAGGCCUUCAUAGUCUCCAAAUCUGACUCGGAACUCUUCGAGGUGUACGCUAUACUCUCGGAAAAUCUCUAUCAUGUCUCCAGCGCGCUCACUACUAUGGAAAUAAAUAUGAAGAGCUAUUCGAGCAGUUCGGCGGCGGCAGCGGCUGCCAUUGCAGCUACACGUGGCGAAAGCAGUGACGCUGUAACAAAUCUUUAAGAAUCCAUUUAGUAUUAAACAAAAAAACAAAAAAAAAAAAUUGCAAAUAAAUCAGUGAACGAAAA